AUGCAGGUUCGACCAGUUGGUUAUAAGCAGUUGGAACUCUCCGUCCCUUUAGAAGCCGUCACUCUUGAAGCAACGACCCAGGUCACGGAGCAAAUAAUGGACGAGGAAUGGGCCAUGGAAAGGGGCGUCUUCCUCUCAAAAGACGACAUUCUGUGGCCAACGGUAGCAGAGUUUGAACUAGAAAAUGUGGCGAGGCGACUCUACGACUAUAUCGGCCAGUGCUGGAAACUUGACCCUAAAUGGAUGUUUUACAUUCAUCCGGUCCAGUCGUUUACGGACAAUCUGAGAAAACGAGUCACCUUCGAAGCCAAGUUCUCUGUGCCCACGCAGCAGGCCCCCAUUCCACAAGCCACCGCGUCCGUCUUUUUCAUCUUCGAAAUGUCACAUUAUGCUCUGAGGGAUGAAGUUGUCAAAGUCCACUAUGUCGUAGAAGGGACACGUUUUCGUCACACACCAGGAUCCAUACCUUUUCAAGAUAAGUGGUUAUGGUCCGUCAUCAUGGAUAAGGUUCGACUUCAAAGAUCACUCGGAUUUUAA